AUCAGAGAAAAUAAACGAAAUCAAACUAAUAUUAUUUAGCAGGUUGUUCUAGUCAGCGGCAAGAGCAUGAGCACAGUUACAGCUGGUGUAAAGUGCAGCAUCUCAACCUCCAGGCCAUCUUUUGCUUCUUCUUUACGCUUUCGUCGCGUUUCAUUUCCACUCCUUUCUCCUCGUUCCGCUCUCUGCUUUUCCGGCUUGUCAGAGACUAUGGAUUGUGGUGGUGGUGGUCCAUGCGUGUUUCCUUUGCACCGUUGCAAAACCAUUCACCUGGUCAGGCACGGACAGGGGAUCCACAAUGUGGAGGGAGACAAGAACUACGACGCAUACAUGAAGUCUGAAUAUUUUGAUGCGCAUAUUACGCCGUUGGGCUGGCAAGAGGUUGACAAUUUGCGAAAGCAUGUUCAUGAUUCUGGGAUUAUGAAGAAGAUUGAUCUAGUCAUAGUAUCUCCUUUAUUGAGGACACUACAAACUGCUGUUGGAGUGUUUGGAGGUGAGGGCUACACAGAUAGAACAGACGUGCUACCUCUUAUGGUGGAAAAUGCAGGAAACAGCAAUCGUGCUGCAAUUUCGAGUCUGAAUUGCCCUCCUAUUGUUGCUUUUGAACUUUGUCGGGAACGUAUGGGGGUUCAUCCCUGCGACAAAAGAAGAAGCAUCAGCGAGUAUCAAUCUCUAUUUCCUGCAAUUGAUUUUUCACUGAUCGACAGUAAUGAGGAUACUUGGUGGAAGACCGAUGUUAGAGAGACAAAAGAAGAAAUUGCAUGUAGAGGGCUGAAGUUCAUGAACUGGUUGGGGACAAGAAAAGAGAAGGAGAUAGCAAUUGUGACGCACAGAGCAUUUUUGUUUCAUACUCUAGGUGCUUUUGGAAAUUACAGCCAUCACUUGGAGAAGAAGGAAUUAUCAAAGCCAUCGGGUGAUGUUCAUGGAACUGGCGCGUCUAUGUGUGCAGCGUGUGACAGGAUAGGAUGCCCUAACCACAGCAAUUCAGGCAAAGAGACCUUCGGGAUGCUUAAAAGGUUCUGUAGAAAUUUUCGUUUUACUCGGAAUAUGCGGCAUAUGUAUUUUAUAUUUCACAAAUUAUGCUUAAAAUUGCUUAUGAAAUACUUGUCCAACCAACUCAUUAUUAAAUGAGUUAUGACAAUUUACUGCGACAUGACAUGUAUCAUGUUCGCUUGUGAUUAUAAAGACUUAUGGUAGGUUAAUGAAUAAUAACUCAAUUAACGAUAGAGGACACAAAAUGACCCGUUUUGACCUUACUUACUAUU